CCAGCUGACCCGCUUUCACCAGCGCUGUACAGACACGGGACAGGACCCGAGCGCGGCGAACUAGUCAACAACACCGUGGAGUUUCCUCCCCCACGUACACCGUGACCGUGAAAUCCUGGCAGUCCCGGGGUGGCAGGUCGCUGCUGUCGCCUGUUUUCGCUCUUGACAGCUCGUUGAAAGAGGAAGCAGUCUCCCACAGGAGCUUCAGGCGAACCGGCUGAAGCUGACCGGAAUUACACUGUAGCGUUCAUUUGUUUCUCUUUUCUUUAAUUUGCCGCUCCGGGUGACAUGUUUUAUGCCGACUCUGCUGGAGGUGCUUUUCUAUCCGGAGUGGACUACAGCGCUACAAAGUGACACAGAGAAAGAGAGAGAGAGGCGCCUCGCUGUCAGUCACGGCGGUGCAAGGUGGACAUCCUGAGACAACCAAUCAAUUCUUGUCAAAAGGCAGAGCCGUGUAUGAAGUCUGACUGCAGCUGCAAGCAGCACCUUUUUUACCUCCAACGAUCGUCCCACAAUCUUCCCAGAGAAGACUCUUGUUCUCUAUCUCCCAGGACUCUAGAAGUCUUCUCUGUUUUACUCAGGUCUUUUCUCCCAAUGCCUACCUCCUCAACUAAAACACUGUACCCAGAGACAACCUGCUUUACCUUCUAAACUCUUCAAGCUGCUGAAGAACAUUGACUUAAGACCUCAAACGUUCUGUCGUCUAUAAGCUACAAAGCAGCCACACUGAUCACUGAUAGCCUGGGCCAGUUUAAAUUAUUCAAACUGGAAGAUGGACAAUAGCUACUACAGCCUCUCAUCGUCUACCUGUUGAAUCUGGCCGAAAGCUAUAUACCUCAGUUAUUAUUUUCUGGAAGACAUUUGUGUGCAGAAAACACAAGGCGACAAUCAUUGAUGGAAUUGAUCCAACAGACAGGAGUUAAUAUCCAAGCAAGGUGCAAGCUGCAAAGUGGGGAAGCAGCACUAGUGUCUUCCAUUUGCCUUGGGGAGAAAAAAAUAUGACCAGGGAGAAAAGCGGAGUACUGCCUUGGAGAAACCAUAACUUCAUGUUUCCCAGCACAUAAGCCGGACUAUCUAAGCUAUCUAAAUACACCAGCAAAAAACACAGGGGGCUUUCAGUGAGCUUAUUUUUACACCUAAAGCCCCCAAGCAGCAGCAGAGGGUCUUGAAAAUUUCACCAGCUUUUUCUGUGCUGCAAUUGAGACACAAAGAAUCUUCCUGGGAGUUCAAAUGCAAAUAAUCUUCACAGGUGGCAGAAGAGGCACAGAGGAACUGAGCAAGUGAAGAAGGAUGUAAUGCUCUCCGUCCAACUCGCCGUGCUCCCGUCCCGCGGUUUCCGUUCCCGGAUUCCUCUGGUUGGCUGUUGAGAAGGCUGCCGGCGAAUGCUGAGCAGGUCGACCUGUCUGAGGUACGCCUCCCGGCUCUGCGAUUGGUCGCUGGAUGCUACUGGAGUUGAACGGCAACGAUGUUCGACAAUCAGGAGAGCAAUUCAUCAGAGAGCGAUGAGAAAGGAUGGCCAGAUGUGCCGAAGAGAAAGAGGAAAAACAGCCAGUGCUCCAUGAAGAGCAUGUCUGCUCUUAGCAUCUCUGUUCCAGGAUACAUCCCCAGCUAUCUGGAGAAGGACGAGCCGUGCGUGGUGUGUGGGGACAAGGCCACCGGCUACCACUACCGCUGCAUAACCUGCGAAGGCUGCAAGGGUUUCUUCCGCAGGACAAUCCAGAAAAAUCUCCAUCCUUCUUACACCUGUAAAUAUGAAGGCUGCUGCAUCAUUGACAAGAUCACACGCAAUCAGUGCCAGCUGUGUAGAUUCAAGAAGUGCAUCUCGGUGGGCAUGGCCAUGGACUUGGUGCUGGAUGAGAGCAAGCGCGUGGCCAAGCGGCGCCUCAUCGAAGAGAACCGAGAGCGGAGGAAGAGGGAAGAGAUGGUGCGGACGCUGCAGAUGAGGCCAGAGCCAGACAGCGCAGAGUGGGAGCUGAUCAGAAUGGUGACUGAGGCGCACCGGCACACCAACGCCCAGGGCUCCUCCUGGAAACAGAAGCGCAAAUUUCUGGCGGACGACAUCGGCCACGGUCAACUGAUGCCCACUUCAGACGGAGAUAAGGUCGACCUGGAGGUCUUCAGUGAGUUCACCAAGAUCAUGACCCCUGCCAUCACCCGCGUUGUUGACUUUGCCAAGAAACUGCCCAUGUUUUCAGAGCUGCCUUGUGAAGACCAGAUCAUCCUGCUGAAGGGUUGCUGCAUGGAGAUCAUGUCCCUGCGCGCCGCCGUGCGCUACGACCCCGAAAGCGAAACGUUGACGCUCAGCGGCGAGAUGGCCGUAAAACGUGAGCACUUGAAAAACGGCGGGCUUGGGGUUGUUUCGGACGCCAUAUUUGAUCUGGGCAAAAGCCUGGCACAGUUCAACUUGGACGACUCCGAGGUGGCACUGAUGCAAGCGGUGCUGCUCAUGAGCUCAGAUCGGUCAGGGCUGAUGAGCGUGGAGAAGAUCGAGCGGUGCCAGGAGGCCUACCUGCUGGCUUUUGAGCACUACAUCAACUACCGUAAGCACAACAUUCCCCACUUCUGGCCAAAGCUCUUGAUGAAGGUCACGGACCUGCGGAUGAUCGGCGCCUGCCACGCCAGCCGCUUCCUCCACAUGAAGGUCGAGUGUCCAAACGAACUCUUCCCGCCACUCUUCCUAGAAGUCUUCGAGGACCAGGAAGUGUGACAUCGCGCCCCGCCACUUGGGGUUUGGCAGUAAAGGAAGCAUCGGCCAUGGAUGAGCAUCGUAGGAAAAAACUGGAUUUUGUUUUCAUUUGUGAGAACGUGCCCUGUACAUUUUUCUGUUGUUUAUUUGCCCAUUUCUGUCAAACACAAGACUUUGACCUUCUGCCACCAGCAAAAUAUCAGCAACAUGAAACAGAAACCCAGGUGUUCUACAGCUGGUAGUUCUUCAACACUAUGCCAUAAACGUGCAUCUAUGAGGAGGGCUGGACUGGUGCCACACCUAAUGCAAACUGAGGGGCUUUGCUAGCGGCACACCUUAGUGAAAUCUCAAGCACGUGUCUUCGAGGGUUUUUUCUUGUCCUAGACCUGACAACAUGGCACUUCUGACAAUCCCAACAACCAUCCCACUGAACUCCCACCUCCCCAACAUCUCCUAGAGCAAAAGCUUCCACUUUCAAUCCACUGUGGCCCUGAGAGUGUUUGUCAACCUACCUCCGUCACACAAACCUUCACACUGAGAAACACACUCACAGAAUGUACGUGCACAAAAAAAAAAAAAAAACGACACCCCAACACUGUUACCUCAUUUCUUGUCAAAUGUAUUUCUCUAUUUAUAUUUGGUGGGGAUGGAGGAGCCAGAUGUAGCUCAGUUAGAGGAUAUGGAGCCAUGCUACCCAUAUGCUACUGGCAACUGCUGAGAGAACAUUCAGUGGAACAACUUUGUGUAAAACACUAAUCUACAAAUUAUUUGUACUACAAGUCUUAUAGCCGAGGACACUAUAGCAAACACCGUGCGUCACUAGAUGUGAUGAGCAUCACAUUCUGUAAGCACUAAACUGUGAGUAUGUAUGGAGUCUGAUUUGAGUCAGACUUGGCAAAUAAAGUUUUUUGAAUAGCGAACAGUUGCAAAGUGCAGAAACUCAACAUCGCUGUUCAAAACUCCUUCCUGUGUUCGCUGAUUGGCCCUGAUGUAAUUCACCCUGAGAAAUCAAAGCCAAUGGGAGAAAUCCCUGAGUGGAGAUGAGAAUUGAGCGGAGUUGUGUAGGAAGGCAACGCCCAGACGGCUGGUGCUUCUUCAGUCUUUUGGGCUUUACUCGCAAAGGUUCUCGGAUCAUAUUUACGUAUUUUUAGGCGUACGAACAAAUUUGUCCAUAUCUGCAUAUCCAGUUGGUAAAAUUUAUAAUUUCCCAGCAAAUAAUCUGAAUAAAUGUGUAGCCUAUUCGUCUUAAACUUUUGAGAUCUAUCUCCUUUAUUCUUAUUGAUGAAAUAUUUAAACAAUUACAAUAACCCCUGGAGAGCUUUGUCUUUUUUUUUCUACACAUUUCUAUUUAAUAAUUGCAGCUUAUGUCUGACUUUUGUUAGUAAUUUUGAUAACUUUCUCACUUGGCUGUUUUUAGUUGAUUUUCAAGAUUUUAUCGCAUUUUAUUUACACAAAUCUCAUUCCAUUAUUUAUUACCACAGUCUGCCAUGUUCCAGUAAAGAAAAUAUGUAAAAUUAAUCUGAUCAAUACGCAAUUUUUUCCCCAACUUUAAAACAUAGCACAGUGCUUUGAAUACAUUAUUAUAAUCAUAAUUAUUUGUUUUUAGAAGAAGCCAAGAAUUUAUCAAUUUAUACAACAAACACAUAGCUCCAUAAAGAACUAUUAAAGGUUCACUAGUUGGUGGUGAAGGAGUUAUGGUUACAAUGAUUGUCUGCUGAUUUCCAACGUGACUGAUUAGCAAAUGUUAGCUGUUUUGCUAAUAUUUCCUGCAGUGUGGUCUUGAGGUCAUUAUUUAUGGCUCCUACCAGAUUGCUCGAGCUAAUUUUUUUCUCCGUUUCCAAAAGAACGUUUGUAACAAGCAUACUUCAGCUGCGCCUGUAAAUUUAAAGGCCUUUUAAGUACCGGAGCACUGAAUUAUUUCACUGAGCAGUUAAAACACAGCUUAUCAGUUUAGUAUGACUACAGGCGCCUGUCCCUUAGCAGCUGAAAUCUGCAAAUACUGAAGACUCCCUCUAAAAAUGAUGAAUGUUGCCAGUGGGAACGGAAUAGGAAUGAAUUGGUGAAUUGUCCCGAAGCUGACUGUGCAGUUACAUAAUUAAUCUGGAAUUGUGCACCAUUCAAUUCAAAAAGACUUUUUUUGAUCCCAAAGGGAAAUAAAUGUUAUCCUUCCUGCCGGCUGGCAGGAAGGAUCUCCUGUUGCAGUCUGUAUUACAGCAAAUUUGAAGAAGCCUCUAACUAAAGACACUCUAUGUCUUCCAUACAUGAGAGUGUAUGGAAGACACUCUCAUGGCCUAAAUUAAAGCACUACCAGCCUCAAAUUUAAAUCUUGAAAAUGACCUAAGCAUGUAGCAGUCAGCUAAUUUUYUUUUUCUUUGGCAGACAGACACAAGAUUCUAGACCUUUAAUCAUCUUUGGAAAACUUCCAGAUCAAAUCAUAGUUGAUUGUUCCCAUCAACUCAUUGUCCUUCUAAACUUCAGCCUUUGAUCUCUUAGUGUCAUUUCUAAGUCGGUGUGUUUACAGAAAGCACUUUUUUUAUUCAGAACAUCUAAGAGGUCUUCAGCCAUUUCCAGCCUACACCGGGUGUCUGCAUGUAGAAUACCUCACCCAACCCGUACUCCUGAUUCAUUACCUCACAGACACACAUUCACUUUUCAGAUGUUUUUACUCUUUCUCAUUGGCUUUUCUUUGUUCUUUUUAUUUAUUUAUUUAUUUUUUUUAGCCCUUUCUGAUAAGUUGUGGGAAGCAUCCUCUCAGUCUCCGUGUGUUCUCAUCUUGACCCCCUGACCUGUUUUCUUCCGAGCCGCACCAUCCCUGGUAGGGACCUGUUGCAUCCCCUCAUCCUCCCACCCAACCCCUCCGCCUGUAACUGCCUGAAACCAACAGACUCUACCUCACCUCUCGUCUCCAUGGAGACGCCUCUCGGAACCCAACACGAGCACAUCUGCCAACCUAAAACACUAACCAGUUAUUAGCUGUACGUCCCCACUGUGAACGGAUACGUCAACAGCGUCCGUCUGCUGAAGGCGCUGCUCCUCUUUAACUGUCAUUUUCACCUGGUUUGUUUUUCUAACUACCCACAUGGGACCAAGAGUCGCUCUGAGUUCAGGUUUUUCUUUCAGAACCAGAACUUGACGGCGGCCUGGUGGGUGAAGGAGUGACGGUAAAAGAAUGAACUUCGAAGAGACCAUGAUAGCGUUCUGGCAGGUGGAGCCGUUUCGGCCCGGUCGGGUCAGGACUCUGGUGGGUGACUCAGCCGUUUUGGAAAGCACAUGAUGGACUAAAUUCCUUCCCGGAGAAACAAACAAAAACCCCAGAAACCUGCAGGGAGAGAACCAUGGCUCCAGCUGCCAUCCACUACAAAAAAAAAAAAAAAAAAAAGAAACACGGACUUAUCAGGUUCUGUUUUGCACUAAAACCACGCUGUCUGUCUGUAUCCUGAACCGCUCUGGACUCUUUUCCUCUCCGUCUCGUCCUCCUGCUGUUUUCAUCUUUCACUCCAUCCGUUGAUUCCGGACGGUGAGGCUCGGGUCGUUAGGGGUCACCACUCACUAGAAUGCGUUUCCAUUGUAAAUGUCUGCAAAUCUUUGCCGAUAUUCUGCUGAUGUCGGGGAAAGAAAACACAAUUUUGCAAUAGAUGUGUUUCCAUGAUAAAAGGAAUGAAAUUAAAAUCACAUGUGAAUUAAAACACAAGUCAUUAAAAAUCAUGUCAGGAUGGUUGUAAACAGCUCCAUGAGAUUUAUAGUCAUCUAUCCACCGAGAUGUUGACGUUUUAUUCAGACGUUGGAGCGACAAGCCCCGCCUUCUUUGGAGCGGCUGCGUAUGCUGCAGUUUGGGGAAGAGAGACCAUCAUCCUCCUUCCACUUCCUGUCUUCUUCGUCGUCGUUUUCGCCUGUAGUAACAUCGAGCUGGUGAUCAUGUGACUUGUGCGAUUCUGAGAAAAAGUGUUUCCAUUGAAGUUUUGCAGAAUACACAAAGUUUGAUAUGACCGAAAAAUCACCUCAUCCUGUCGCACAAACCUUUUGUUGAAAAACAAAAGGUUCUGAGUUUUUUUUGGGUUUUUGUUGCUCAUUCUGAUAUGUUCAUGUGCCUCUUAUGGGUGUAUCGUUACACUUCGUAGUGCUUGCAGAAAUAUUCGUACAUCUAACUCUUUCACGACUUUGUUGCAUUACAACCACAAACAUUCAUGUGUUUCACUGGGAUUUCAUGUGACCAGCACCAAGUUUCACAUGAUGGAGGUGAAAGUUUUACAUUUUUUGAAAAAUAGAACAUAAGUUGCUCCUAUUUGGAAAUUUGGGGAAAUACCGAUAUUAAUAWUUAUMUYGCUGUUACAGCUGAUAUUUACCUAUAUUAUAUGUUUCACUUCUCCUUCAACACCUUAAACAAACCACAGCUGACUUCAUCACCAAACUACCCACAAUCCUUUGCUGCAUCACCAUCACUGUCACAUGACCAGACAAACAUUACACCAGCAACGUCGGCCCCUCCCCCUCCAAAGAUAAACGGCACCAAGAUAGAAAUAAAUAUYGGUUGUUAAAAUCGGCCCAGCUUUGUUUAUCGGUCCAAUACAUGAUUUUAAAAAACGGCCAGUAUCUACCAAUACUGAUUUUAGUGCUGAUAUAUCGUGCAUGCCAACUCCAAAGCUUAGUUUGACACCCCUAAAUAGUGCCCAAAACACCAGAAGUGUGUAAUCGAAAAAAAAAAGUUUGCUCACACCAGACCAGAAACAUGGUGGUGGCAGCAUCAUACUGUGGGAAUACAGACAAAGAAAUAUUUACAAGACAAAUAAUAUAGAAAAAGUAUUAACUAUGCAUUAUUACUGCCAGUCYGUUGCUAAACAAACACAUCCCCACAGCAUGAUGCUGCCACCACCGUUAUUUACCACCACAGAACMAUUUCAUUUGUGUUGGUCUGGACAAUAAAUUCCCAGUAAAGUACAUUAGAAGUUUUUGGUUGCAGUAUGACAACAUGACAACAAGUUAAAAAAUCAAAUACAGUAUGAAUGCUUUUGCUGUGGACUAUCUGUACUAUACAUAUAAAUAUCUGUAAAUAUUUAAAGCUACAUAUAUAUAAUAUAAUAUAAAUAUUUCUAUGCACUCAGGCCCAUUCUGAUGAUUUCUCCAGGUGACAGARUCUGGAUGAAAAUCAGCAGCGUUUCUCUCCGGCUGACAUGACGAUGCUUGUUUGACUCGUGGCGAUUACCAAGUAACCUCCUCAGUCCGCUGACCUUGGAGCUCGCCUGCAGGUCCAGCCAGCUCUCUCCUCUUUUUUUUUUUUUUUUCUCUUCUUUUUGCUUUUUGCUGGGGUCGAGGGUCAGCGUUCCCCGUCGGUGAUGUAGAUGUGAGCUGGCAGCGCCAAACGGUCGGCAGAGGAAAACCACACCAGCACUCGUUUAUCUGCUCCAGGGUCUCUGGAGUUGCUCCGGCUGCUGCAGCUUUAGAAGCCAGCUCCGAUUUUAAUCUAACAGAAAAAUGGUAAUUAACUCCAACCCAGGACGACUUUACAACCUUUAAAUUAGAAGCCGCAGAAUAAAUCAGGUGUUUGUUUUUUGUUUUGUUUUUUCACUUUGUAAAGGGAGAAUUGUGAUUUCUCUCUCUCAGUCGUCCAAACUGUGAAUCGRAUGCUAAUCUCUGCCACUGCACCAAACCGUAACAGCCGAGGCGUUCUCCUCCUGACUUACCCAGGGGAAACGGCUCUGUCUCUAGCUCCGUCUGUCCUGCACCGUCCUCCUGUCCUCUGUCUCUCUGUCUCUGCCUGUCCUGCACCCAGACGCCCACCCUGCUCCUCGGAGCUCUCAUUGGUGGAGGAAGAUAUGACAAUCCCUGCAGGAGUGUGUCUCCAUGUGGAAUGUAAAAUACUGCAAUUAUGUGAUUAAAGACACAUUGUGAAAUCUUCA